GAAAAGCACUAGAAAACGAAAACCAGAGUAGCCAAGCAAAGAGGAAAGGAGAAGAAAAAAGCAGGCUUUGGUUUGGAGAAGCGAAGGUCUGGUUUUUUCUGUGAAUUUCUCCACUUCUGCCACUGGUUUCUCUCUUCAAUCGCCAUGGAUUCUCAGAUCUAUGGCGUCUCCAAGCUCUUCUAUGGACUUCUCCUCUUCUCCAUUGCUGGAGCCUCUGCUGCAUUGCCGGAAAACCCCAGUCUAAAGCCGUCGUCCCCGUCGAAUUCUGGUCAAAUCAACUCGAACUCUGUCCUCGUGGCUCUCCUUGACUCACAUUACACGGAACUCGCCGAGCUCGUGGAGAAAGCUCUCCUCUUGCAAACCCUAGAGGAUGCGGUUGGCAAGCACAAUAUCACCAUUUUUGCACCGAGGAAUGAAGCUCUGGAGCGUGAGCUUGACCCUGAGUUCAAGCGAUUCCUCCUGGAGCCUGGUAACCUGAAAUCUCUUCAGACCCUUUUGCUGUUCCACAUCAUACCGAAACGAAUCGGAUCGGAGAAAUGGCCUAAAUUAUCUGCUGAGUCUGUUCAUCACCAGACGCUUUCCAAUCAUCACCUCCAUUUGACUUGCAAGGAUUCCGACAAGAAAAUUGUUGAUCUCGCAACCGUCAUCCACCCCGACGCCGUGGUCCGCCCCGACGGUGUGAUCCACGGGAUUGAAAGGCUGUUGGUUCCACGAUCCGUGCAGGAAGACUUCAACCGUCGCCGGAGCCUUCGCUCCAUCUCGGCCGUGUUACCUGAGGGAGCACCAGAGGUCGAUCCUAGGACCCACCGGUUGAAGAAACCGGCGCCGCCUUCCCCCGCCGGUUCGCCCCCCGCGCUCCCGAUCUACGACGCGUUGGCUCCAGGUCCAUCUAUUGCACCAGCCCCUGCUCCAGGGCCGGGAGGACCACACCAUUGGUUCGACGGUGAGAGCCAGGUAAAGGACUUCAUCCAGACUCUCCUGCUUUACGGUGGAUACAACGAAAUGGCCGAUAUUUUGGUGAACCUCACCUCGUUAGCGACCGAGAUGGGGAGACUGGUGUCGGAGGGAUACGUAUUGACCGUUCUUGCCCCGAACGACGAGGCCAUGGCGAAGCUGACGACGGACCAGCUGAGCGAACCGGGUGCGCCGGAGCAGAUCAUGUACUACCACCUCAUCCCGGAGUACCAGACGGAGGAGAGCAUGUACAAUGCGGUGAAAAGAUUCGGGAAGGUCCGAUACGACACGUUACGGCUGCCGCACAAGGUGGUGGCGCAAGAAGCUGAUGGGACUGUGAAAUUCGGGCAUGGGGAGGGGUCGGCCUACCUGUUCGACCCUGAUAUCUAUACAGACGGCCGGAUUUCAGUGCAGGGCAUCGACGGGGUACUUUUCCCGCUGGAAGAGAAGCCCAAACCCGAAACUACAUCAACGAAGACGACGAAGAAAAUAACGAAGCCCACUAAGACUGUCACCACGUUAAGGAGAGGGAAGUUGAUGGAAGUAACGUGUAGGAUGUUAGGGGUCUUUGGACAGGAUUCUCGGUUUACUUCUUGCCAAUGAAGUCCCCCUCCUAUACAAAAUCAUAUUGCAGAAACAAAAAACACAAAAAAGAUGCUUCGUGAUUCAUGAAAAGUAGGAGGAUGUAUAAAGUCCUGGAAAUGGAAGAUGUGUAGAAGAACGGUUGAUUUCUUCUGCUUUUUUUUUGGGUUUUCUUUUUUUUUUCCUGAUAUUGUUUUAUUUUCUCCUCCUUUUUCUUCCCCUGGUUGAAGUUGGAGUGGUGAAGAAGGGAAAUCAGGAAAGAGUGAGAUUCUUUUGGAAUCUCAGAAUUUCCAGCCAUGGAGGGGGGGGAAGGGGUGGGGGAAUAAAGGAAGGUUCCACUGUUAUUACUAUUAGCUAUAAACACUAUCUGAGUACAUAAGAAAUAUAUUUUUUGGUUCUUGUUGUUGGUGUAAUGGGGCUGUAGUGAAUCUCUUUCCUCUCUGGUGUCGGUCCUGUAACUGUGCCCUGAGAGGAGGGGAGAAGACAUGGAUGGUCAUGGUGGUUUCUGGGGACAAAGAAGCAGUAUUUCAGUGAUGAAAUAAACAAGAAAGAAAGGGACUGAUAUUUGUGGAGAAAUGUUGAUAAAAACAAUGAUGAAAUAAAAAAAGAAGGAAAUUCUUUUCUUGUUCAUAGACAGCGAAAUUUUGUAAUUGUUCUGUUUAGUGGAAUUGGAAUUUUCAGCCCCCUCUCUCUCUC